GUGGGCGGGACCGCAGGGGGUUGUCCGCCCGCGGCACGCAUUGGAGCCGCAGCCUCCUUGCGCCGGGUCCUGCGGUCGCAGCUCGUGCCGCCUUCUUCUCGUCCUCGCCUUAGCAGCUUGCUUCGUGGGUCGGUCCCUCCGACACACGAGCUCCAAGCCGCUCCUCUCUCUUCCUAAAGCCCUUCAAGGCGGUCUUCAGUUUCCUUCUUUCCAGCCGACCCUCUUCAGUCCCGCGAAGAUGGUGGACCGCGAGCAACUGGUGCAGAAAGCCCGGCUGGCCGAGCAGGCGGAGCGCUACGACGAUAUGGCCGCGGCCAUGAAGAACGUGACAGAGCUGAAUGAACCACUGUCCAACGAGGAACGGAACCUCCUGUCCGUGGCCUACAAGAACGUGGUUGGGGCUCGCCGCUCCUCCUGGAGGGUCAUCAGCAGCAUCGAGCAGAAGACGUCUGCUGAUGGCAAUGAGAAGAAGAUAGAGAUGGUCCGCGCCUACCGGGAGAAGAUCGAGAAGGAGCUGGAGGCCGUGUGCCAGGACGUGCUGAGCCUGCUGGACAACUACCUGAUCAAGAACUGCAGCGAGACCCAGUACGAGAGCAAGGUGUUCUACCUGAAGAUGAAAGGGGACUAUUACCGUUACCUGGCGGAAGUGGCCACUGGGGAGAAAAGGGCGACCGUGGUGGAGUCGUCUGAGAAGGCCUACAGCGAAGCCCACGAGAUCAGUAAGGAGCACAUGCAGCCCACCCACCCCAUCCGGCUGGGCCUGGCACUUAACUACUCCGUUUUCUACUACGAGAUCCAGAACGCCCCGGAGCAAGCUUGCCACCUGGCCAAGACCGCCUUCGAUGACGCCAUUGCCGAGCUCGACACUCUGAACGAGGACUCCUACAAGGACUCCACUCUGAUCAUGCAGCUGCUCCGAGACAACCUGACGCUCUGGACGAGCGACCAGCAAGACGACGAUGGCGGGGAAGGCAACAACUAAGGCCCAGGUGGACUGGCAGCGCACGCUGAUGCUACUACUGCAGUCUUUAUUUUUUUCCCAUGAGUUGGGGGUCGGGUGGGGGAGGGGAAAGGGAGGGCUGACCUUCCCAGGGAGAAACCCACGACUGUCCUGUCUUUGAUUGCCUCUUUGACAUUUUUGCCAAACUACCACUAGUGGAAAGUCAGGCUAGCUGUGCUGGUAUCGGAGUAGCAGCCUCACACAGGCACCCAGUGGACUGUUGUGCAGGCUCGUGCAGGUGGAGCUGUCUGCCUUUAGUUAACUUAUUGCUAGACGGUAGGGUUCUAAGAAGAAAAACCGGAGAUGGAUGGCCCUCGUUCAGUGCGUUCUGUGGUUCCAGUAAGGAUUCUUCUGUCCACACGCUCUCUUCUUCAGUUCCGUGCCUGUUUUCUCUCUGUGGCUAUGCUUUUUUUUCUUUCUCUCUCUCUCUCUCUCUCUCUCUCUCUCUCUCUCUCUCUCUCUCUCUCUCUCUCUUUUUUUUUUUCUUUCCCCGGGGUGUAUACCAGAGAAGUUAUAGUUUAAAUUACCCAAGUGGCCAGGCUUAGAGUGGAAGGCACAACUUUUAUUGAUGAGUCAGUCAUGGCCCUAUAUUUGGAAGUCUCUGACAGGUUAACAGUAUUAACACUAAAUUCUAGUUUACAGUAUUUCUACAUGACAGCCAUACAUGACACCAAGCCAUUGGUUCUGAGUUUUCCUUUGUCUGUUCGGCUUUACAUCUGUGUCCAGGGUGGUCUGGCUGUUCAUCAGCUCUUAUCAUGGGGACAGUCCGUUAGGUUCUGCUUGAUGGGUGCUUGGCAGGUGGCUGUGGGGAAUACUUUUUUUUUUUUUCUUGGUUCUUCUCUACUCUUUAAGGUAAGCCCAUCACAAAAAUAGAAACCGUUAAGUACCACACACACACACACACACACUCACACACACACACACACACACACACACACACACACACACACAGAAAAUGGAGAAAAUUCAGGUCUGUAUGUCAUUUAUCAGAAGACUCCUGCUCUCAGCAGCCAGGGCUCCGUCCCAGUGUCACUGCCUGUUGAAUGUUUCGCAGCACCUGAGUCUCCCGCACCUUGUGCUAACAGCAUGCAGGUGUCCCGAGGUGUCUGGCAGACUGGAUUGUAGAGGUGGGGGGUGGGCAGCAGGACGUGGAGCAUCUGGUGCCAGCAGCUGAGCCAACAGGAAACCCACUGGGAAGAGGCAGUUCACUCGAGGGACCCUGGUCCCUAAGCCCCUCUCCCCGGCUCCCCGCACUCCUUUCCCAAGUGCUUAGUGGACGGUAGCUGAGGUUCAGCAGGAGGCUGUGCUCACCCGGUUUGACCUAAGCUUUCCUGGUUUUCCUUUUUGAAUGAAAUCAUAGUUGUUGGGGAUCAGCUUCUCUCUUGUGAGGUCGCUGCACAUGUGACAUUGAAGGAAGCUAUGCUGCUAUGUCCUACAUGGUCCGUCUCAGCCCUAGGUCCCUCAUUCUCACUGUGGAUAAACCUCUCCACAAACAUGCCCUGUUGCAUGCAGAGUGUGCAGUUUAUGUCUUCUGGAGAACCCAUGGUCUCGUGGGUUCCCAAGACGGGCAGCACCCAAACUUGCUUUACUGUCUUGAGAGGCCAGCAGCCACCUUCUCUUUACUGAAACCAAGCUCCCACUAAGUUGAGUACGCUUAACAGGAUGCUGCGGUGACGUGGCUGUGAAGAACGAGGCCCCUCUGCAGUCCUCCCAGCAUGCCCUUCCUCAGAGGCCCUCCUCAUGCUAGUGUGCAGUACCCACUAACGGAGACCCACGGAAGACCACAGUGGAGGAAGCUUAGCCACCAGAGCCACGGACACAGGGCUCGGUGGGGCUUCACCCAGUUUGUCUCCUUGUCCGCAGUGAGCAUGUCCGUGUCCCGCUUGUACUGUUUGGAAAUUACCUACUGGAAUUGCAAACCCUAGUUUCUCUUUCAAUUUCAGCCUUGACCUUUGCUGUGUUCUAGAGAAAUCAUGUGAGGGUAGAACUGAAGAGGGAGCAGGACACCUGCCGUGAGCCCGAUGGUUCCUUCUCCUUCCUUCACUGUUGAGAAGCGCACCUGCCUCUGACGCUGUCUCCAGUGCGGCCCGCGGUUGCUCCUCCAUCCUAUUGAUACAGUAUUGUGCAUGCUGGUGUUGUAUUUCUAUACGGUAGCUUGACAUUUAUUAACUUACACUGUAGGUGUUAUGUACUCCUAUGACAAAAAAAAAAACAAAAAAACUUAAGACUUCAAAUUUUUUUUAAACUUUUUUUUUUUAAUUUAAUUUUUUCCUUUCAGGGGUAAAGUUUGCUUUACCAAAUAGUGAUUGUAACAAAUUGAUCUGUUUUGGAUGUUGCUAUAGUGACAUGCAGUUCUAUAUUUUGUUUUUCAGGGGGGAGGGGACAAAAGAAACACCAGUGUUAGCUUACUCUUAAUGUCUGGUGUUUGUCAUGGUGAAAUUAUAACUAUUACAGUGUAGGAGAACACGCCUCCGUGCUUUCUCGUCAUGUUAUGCAGUGAAACUAUUUUUAAGGUCUAAUCAAGUGAUCCCCCCCCCAAACUCCGUGUUUCGCUAAGGAAUUAUUUCGCACACGGACCAUUCUUAGCAGUCUCCUCAGUGAUGGAAUAUUCAUGGGUGUGAGUCAUUACGUAGCCGUCGUACAUUGAGCAAAAUAAACUUACAGAUCUGA